AUGGCAGGAGAUAUUGGAGAGGCUGGAGGGCCCGGUAACGCGGCCGCCGGAAUAAAGGGAGAAGAUGGCGAUAUUGGGACUCCUGGAGAACCCGGUGAAGAAGGAGAUGCUGGGCAAGAUGGAGUUACUGGUACCUAUGGACCUAAAGGUAUGCUUAGCUUUUCCUUCAGGAGCAUUAUUUGCUUCCUCACAAACUGUUACCUUAAACCCGUAACAGCUCAAGGUGAAAUUGGUGAGGUCGGUGAGCAAGGUGCAAGAGGACUAGAUUCAAUCGACUCAGAUGAGGGAGCUCGAGGAGUAAAGGGCAAGCAAGGCAAAAAAGGUCUGAUGGGCAAAAAAGGAGAAGUUGGUCCUUCAGCAUUCUGCAUCGAAAGGGGUGCUCCGGGUGAUGAAGGCAUGAAAGGUGAAACUGGUGAGGAAGGGGAAAUCGGAAAGACGGGAGAGAAAGGUGAAGAAGGAGACGCGGGAGAGAAGGGAGAUAUCGGAAGCCAAGGAGAGACCGGAGAGCAGGGUGAAACCGGGCCGCUGGGAAAGGAUGGUAUUAAGGGGGAUCCAGGCGUGCAAGGCCUCCAUGGACCAAAGGGAGCCAUAGGAGAAAUAGGUCAAGUGGGUGAUGAAGGACGUCCUGGAGAGGCUGGUAAGUGA